UGAAGCAGGAAGAUCUGUACAGAAAGAAGAGUGACACUGGAAGAGUAAGCAGUAAGACAGUACAGUUAGAUUGCAGAACUGUAAAGCAGUACAAAGGGAAUAGAUAUUAUAACUGGAGACUUGAAAUCAUCAGCCAAACUACAGUCACUUCAGCUCUGCCUGAGCACCUCUUCAACUCUGUAUGGUCUUGCUAUGAAAAUAGCUCUACAUCUUAAGUAAUUCGGAGUGAACAUUCCAUUUGAAGAUGGCAGAGUUUUGGCUUAUUUCUGCUCCUGGGGACAAAGCAAAUUUAACUGCUCUUGAAAAACUGAACACAGUCACCACGAAAGCGAACCUGUCCAGUAAUAGCAAGUUUGUCAUACCAGAUCUUAAAGUGGGAACGCUAGAUGCUCUAGUUGGCUUGUCUGAUGAUUUGGGGAAAGCAGAUACCUUUGCUGAAAGUCUAAUUAAGAAGAUUGGUCAAUACAUAGGAGAAAUCAUAUCUGACUCUACAGACAAAGCUCAAGAAAACUUGCUUGCGAAUGGAGUUGACCUUGUUAGCUACAUGUCACGAUUUGAGUGGGACAUGGCCAAAUAUCCAGUGAAGCAAGCCCUGAAGAAUAUUACAGAUGUAAUAAAUAAGCAAUUGUCACAGAUAGACACUGAAUUAAAGUCAAGGUCGGUUACAUACAACAACAUCAAGGGGAACUUACAAAGUAUGGAGAGGAAAACUAUAGGCAACCUUCUAACAAGGACUCUUGCUGACAUUGUAAAUAAAGAUGACUUUGUUUUGAAUUCAGAAUAUCUUAUUACACUUCUUGUGGUUGUCCCAAGGACAAGCUAUAGUGCGUGGCAAAAAACCUAUGAAUCACUGUCUGAUAUGGUUGUUCCACGUUCAACCAAAAUGAUUGCUGAGGAUGGAGAAGGAGGGCUGUUUACUGUGACCUUGUUUAGAAAAGUUAUAGAGGAUUUCAAAGCCAAAGCUCGUGAGAACAAGUUUAUAGUUCGAGAAUUUUAUUUCAAUGAGCGAGAACUCCAGUCUGAAAAGGAUGAAAUCAUUAGACUGGCGGCAGAUAAGAAACAACAAUAUGGUCCUCUCCUUCGCUGGCUGAAAGUGAAUUUUAGUGAAGGUUUUAUUGCCUGGAUUCAUAUAAAAGCCCUGCGUGUUUUUGUGGAAUCUGUCCUCAGAUAUGGACUGCCAGUCAACUUUCAAGCAAUGCUACUGCAACCCAAUAAGAAAUCAAUGAAACGACUACGAGAUGUGCUGAAUGCCAUCUUCAGGCACUUGGAUGAAGCAGCAGCCGCAAACAUGAAGGAUGUUGGAAUGGACAUUCCUGGUCUACAGAUAAGCAACCAAGAUUAUUAUCCAUAUGUCUGUUUCAAGAUUGACCUGUCUAGUUUAAACUUUUAAUUAAUCACUGCCUUCAUCACAACCAUUAUUAUCUUGUAAAUAGAUUUAACCGCUUAUCAUGAAAUUAUGCAAGAUAUUGUGCAAUUUAAGUGCUCUUUCCUUUUCCAUUUUAAUCUUUUCAUUUUUUUUUUACUGCUUUCUUUUUACGUUGGGAAUAUUGUGUCAAUAUAUAUUGUAUUGCGCUGAGCAGUAGGGCAAACCAAUUGCUACAUAUGCUCUUUGUCACAACUACUCGGUUCUGCCAUUGUAAACUGAAAGCAGCCAUAGACAAUACAUAAACAAAUCAGAGUGGCUGUGUCCAAAUAAAACUUUAUUUAUAGACACCGCUUUUCACGUCACAUUUUUUUUUCUCAAGCAUUUAAAAAUAGUUUUUCGACUGAGGGCUAAUGGACCUGAUUUGCUUUAAUGCAUUAGAACAUUUUUUUGUAUUGCACAAUUGCAUGCUUCUAACUAUGUGUUUAACAGGGUUAAAGAAACAGUUAAGGUCAGCUGCAGACCAACAAUACACUACUAGACAGGAGCAGAACAAGCCUGCUGAGCCAAUCAGUGGUGGCAUACAUGUGUAGCUGCAAAUCACCAGCCAAGUUCAGCUCAAGAUUGCCAAUUCAUUGUUGUCCUAGAGAUGUGUUGAACAUUUUUGCAGGGGUUAAACACAUAGUUCAUUUCAAGCAUUAUUUAUUGAUGUAAAGUUAUAAACACCUUUAUUCUGAAAAGUCAAUAUGUAUUACCUAAGAAGUGAAUUCCCACUGUAAUUAACUUUAUUAUUUCUUAAAGAAAAUAUGCUACUUGACAGUAUUUAUUAUUUAUAAAUUAUGAAAAAGACCAAUGUAUAAUUUCUAUAAAUGUAAUUCAAAUAAAAAAAUGUUGAGACAAAAUUA